GGUCAACAUAAUAACUGCCUGCACUAGACCAGUGAUUUUUGUGGUGGCUGAUGUGCAUUUGUUACUCAUAGAAUCAUGUUUCCAAUUAUUAUACUUCUAUUAGGCAUAUCUGGCCUUACUUUGCCAGUUCAAGCAGUGCCGGGUCUGUUGGAUGACAUUUACUCUCUUGUUGAUGACAUAUAUGACUACGCUUUUAAUGAGACAGAACCAUCUUCACCUGAUAUUAUUGAUGAAACCAUUGAUUGGAUUUUUGACCUCUUUGAUGAGCCAGUCACGUGUGAUCCAAAUCCCUGUCAGAACAAUGGAGUGUGUGAAGUCAAACCGAAUGGUGGCUACAAAUGCAUCUGUCCAGAGCCUUACAUUGGCAAAAAGUGUCAGGAUGAGAGGAACUUGUGUAAAAAUGUGAAGUGUGGUAAUGGUGUAUGUGUCAAAACUCAAGAAGCCCCGUUCUACAAAUGCCAUUGCCAGGCCCCCUACAUGGCUCCUCAAUGCAGGAAAGCCUCUGCUUGUAACCCAAGUCCAUGCCUAAAUGGAGGAACAUGUGUUAAAGGCCGAACAAGAGCCAGCUUUAAGUGUGAAUGUCCACAAAACUACACUGGGAGGUUCUGCCAAGUUGGUCCAAAUGAUUGCUAUGAGGGGAAUGGUGAAUCAUACAGAGGUUUUGUCAGUGAGUCAGUGGAAGAACUGGAAUGUCUACCCUGGAACUACUAUCGUAUAUCCUAUAAGGAUUAUGAGAGUAAUGAUGGCAUCGGACACCACAGUUACUGCAGAAAUCCGGAUGGAGAUCGGGAACCCUGGUGCAUUAUCAAACAGAAGGGCAAGGUCCUGUGGGACUACUGUAAUGUCAAGCCCUGCGUUAAACCAGAUCCAGUUAAACCCUCCAUGGCCCCUGCAAAGCUGGAAUUUUCCGAAUGUGGAAAAACUGGUCAGGCUAGUAUGAUAGCUCCAAGGAUAUUUGGUGGGAGGAAGUCCUUGCCUGGAGCCCAUCCCUGGCAGGCCUCGCUUCAGGUACGCCCCGAGGGCUCUAAUGGACAAUACAUCCACAACUGUGGAGGAACCCUUAUUGACUCUUGCUGGGUCCUAACUGCAGCUCACUGUAUUGAAAAACAUGAGGAGAUCAGGGUGGAGCUGGGAGGUGUUAACCUUGAGAGAGAUAACCCUGCAAAGCAGUUUCUGGAGGUGGAGAAAGCCAUUGUUCACGAGAACUACACAGAGACAGCUGAAGCCUUGUAUAAUGACAUAGCUCUGUUGAAACUGAAGGCAAUAAAUGCACGGUGCGCCAAUGAGACCAGGUCUGUUAAGGCAGCAUGUCUCCCCACCGAUCCAUUCCCUGAUGAAACACUCUGCACUAUAUCAGGAUAUGGGCUCACCGAGAAAGACGAUUCAGUCUCUCCUCAGCUAUUGGAUGCAAAGGUUCUCCUGAUCUCUCAGAGACGCUGUAUGUCUCGGAAUAUCUAUGGAAACAGAUUGGAUGAUACCAUGAUGUGUGCUGGGCAUAUGCAGGGAAAGACUGACUCUUGUCAGGGCGAUUCUGGUGGACCACUGGUUUGCCAGAAAGACGAAAUUAAUUACGUCUACGGUGUGGUGAGUUGGGGUGACAGCUGCGGAAAGAAGAACAAACCAGGAAUAUAUGCUCGCGUCAACAAAUUCAUUGAUUGGAUCAAUGAAAAGAUGCGUUCAGCGUAGGUUUCUGCCUUUAAAAUGCUUUAAAGGGAUAGUUCACCAAAAAAUUCAAAUUCAUUCCAUCUCAGAUGUGUAUGACUUAUUUUCUUCUGCUGAACACAAAUGAAGAUUUUAAGAAUAUCUCAUCCCUGUAGGUCCAUACAAUGUACUUGAAUGGUGGCAGGAACCAUGAAGGUACAAAAAGCAUAUUACGGCAAUAUAAAAGAAAAACAAAAUGGCAGUGGUUAAAUCUGAAUCUUCAGGAGCAAUUUAAUGGGUGAGAAACAGAUCAAUGGCCAUUUUUUUUUACUAAAAAUUCUCCCUGCCCAGUAGGUGGCAACAUGCACAAAUACUAAGAAUCGUAAAAAAUAAAUGAAAAAAUGUGAUAUUGGAAAUUAAUAGUGUAUUUAUGCUGCCUUUACAAGCUUUUUGGACCUUCAAAGUUCUGGCCAUAAUUCACUUGCAUUGUAUGGACCUACAUAGUGGAGAUAUUCUAAAAAUAUUAGUGUUUAACAUUAGCAAAAGACUCACAUCUGGGAUGGCAUGAGGGCGAGUAAAUAAGAAUUUCCAUUUUGGGGUGAACUCUCUAAGCUUCAAUGCCAGUACCUAUAGCUGAAAGAUAAGACUUCACCUGAUUAUAAUAAUUUACAAAUAUACAGUAGACAUUAUACAGUACAUGGUAUGCAGUUUCCGGUUAUAUGCAGAAUGGGCAGCCAGUUCCAAGUAACCCUUCAAUUUUGGGGAGCUACAUUACAGGGCUGAGAAGCACAUGCUUCUGCUUUGCAAAUUACUACAGAAGAAUGAACAUUGAAUCAUUUACAAAGGUUUAAAUUUUACUAUGUAUUGUUUCAACUGUUUUAGCAUUCUGAACCCAAAGGAACAAGAAACAUUACUAGCCAUGUAGUAAUUUUCUGAUUUGUGCAAGUCACCACCUUAACACUGGUACUCAUUUUGUUUAUACAUUUGUAUAAGUCAUGUAAUGGGUUGUAAAGUCUUAACUCAUUGAAGGCAAAUCCUUCUAAUGCCUUAUGAAAGUUUUUGGCAAUUUGCCAUAUGAAAUUUCAUUGGAAUUUUGUAGGGGACAGAUGUAUUCUGGAUUAAAAUAUUGUAACGCGUUUAGUUUGAACCAAUCA